GCAUACUUGGAUCCUUCAAGUAGGAAUAACGAGGAGCUUCUUUUCUUGAGGAAUUGAACUCAUGCAAGGAUGGAUUUCAUUGCUGUGGAGGUACCACUUCUCUGAAGCCACAGAGUGGGGCAUCUUGAGGAAUUUAUCUGUAAAACUGGGAUAAAUAUGCCAAAUACAACAUGACGUGAAGAAACGUAAGACGUAAGACUUGAAGAAUUCAGAUAUACCGAUCUUUCAUUGAGCUGGAUGUGUUGACAGCCUUUGUGAGUGCACAGAACAUGUGAGCCAAUCUUUCACUUUCAAAAUGGCCAAGUCGAGCGCUGUUUCGGACACUCAGUCCUUGCUGCAGUCUAUGCUUCAAAAGCUGAAGCUCCAAAACCAUUCAGAAAGAAGCAGCACACCCACUCAAGAGCAAGCACCUUCUCCAACAGUAGGGUUAAAUGGUAGGUCUUCACUUGAAAGCACAGUGUACCAGUUUGGCGAUCCCAGCAAGCAGCAAGGUACACCUCCCUCUGUUUGGACCAACUUAGACAGUUCAUGGAGGCUCCAGUUAUCUAAUCAGCCUCACCUAGAACAAUCCAUUGAAGGGAUCCCGGCUACACUUGAACCAGAUGUCAUUUCUGAUAGUGAGAUACCCAGAUGGAACAGAAAGCAGCUAAAAAUUUCACAUAGUAAGGUGAGUGAUGAUAGCUCUAGCCUGUCCUCCUCCAGUACAACAGAGAACACCCUCAACCCCACCGACCUUCCAACUCCAUCGCCCACAUCAUCCAUCCUGUCCCAGAAAACAUCAGAGAAACACAGUGACCACAGUGGAGUGUGCAGUGAAGGUGUUGGAGACAUAAGAAAGGACAGCAUCAAUGUUCCUGAUAAAAUAAUGCGAACGCGCACAUCGAGGACAAGUAAGAGGAAAUGGGAAGAUCCAGGAAAGAAGAGAUGGACCCAGAAGGUGAAGGAAAGAUGGAAGGAGCGGCACAAGAAAGAGCGUGAUGGAAAACAGAAACAAGAGUCGAAUGAUAUGGCAAAAAAUGACCACUGUCCAGCCCCUACAAAAUCCAGUGACGACAACACAACUGCUACACUUUAUGAACAAAACAUCAGUGACAACAGCACAAUUGUUACACUUCGUGAACAAAACACCAUCCACCCUGAACCAAUCAACAAUGGGCUGGAUGAAGCCCCUCCUAGCCCACUGGAUCAUAUGAGUGAAAGCAUAUUUCCAUUUGGCACUUUUAACCUGAUGGAAGAGAUUUUCACUGGAAAGGAGUGGGCCAGCUUCUUCCAGACCAACACCGGCAGCCAACCGGAGUUCACCUGCAUCACAGCAGACAAAACAACAGAGUCGCUGAACACUGUUAGCCAGUCACCUUACAGAGAGCGCACAACAGGCAACCAAUGGGAUUACAAAGAGGCUGCAGACUCAAAUCUGAGAACGCCUUCAUCACAGAUGAAAUCUGGAAGUUUUCAGGAGGACAUGGACAUCACCGAACAACCAAGGACUUCAGAUUUGUCUCAAACCUUUGAGUUCCUCAAAGACAAGUCAGAACUCUUUGCCUCAAACCAAAUACAGAGCAUGGACCUCGGUCUGAGCCAAUCAGAAAAUGAUGAAGAAACAAAAUACCAACCCCAGUUACAGGAUCUUCAUCAAAACUAUCAACUAAAUACAGCAGAAGCAAGUUAUCAUCAAUCGCUGACCAGUGAACGAAAUCUGAACCAGUCACAGCAAUCCGACCCAAACCAUACACAACCUGAAACAGUGCAUGAAGAAUUUCUCCCCCUUUUGGACUUAUCUUAUCUUCAGCCGAAGGACAGUUCUUCUCCGAGGAAGUUUGGGACUCUGAGUCGUAAGAGAGGACACUGCAUGCUGCAGAGGGGUUCCAGUGAUCGAGGCAGAUCAGAGACAGGAGAAUUGGAUGAGUGGGGAGAUAAUGCACCUCUCAAUUCGCUGCAUCCAGCUCCCAGCCUUUCACCUGCUUCCUCCAUCUCCUCUUUCCAGGACUCCAAUUGCCAAGAUUCUGAGUCAUCUGCAUCUAUAGAAACUAUAAUCAAAAAGAGGAGGCUGGAAAACACCCGACGUGUGCGUUUUGCAGAGGAGGUGGUCUUUCUGCCACCCCUAGUUCUGUCUGAGGAUUACGAUGAUGAAGACGACAACGAUGAUUAUGAUAAUGAAGAAGAAGGCGAGGCAAGCGAUGAAGAUGAAGACGAUGUUCAAGAAGAGCCGCAGUCUCGCUCCUCCGUUCCGAACUGGAUUGUGGCACUCAGGACCAAAGCAAAGAGAAAGCCCAAGCUUAAACUUCCACAAAUGGCAAGCAAGCCCACAAAGUUCAAAAUCUCAAAAUCAUAGUCUGUCGCUGUUAUAUCGCUGUUAACCUCUUUAAAUACACUAAAUGUCCAAAGGUUUUUGACUAAUUUGAUGUUCACCCAUUGCUGACAGAAGGCUUGUAUAAUCUCAAUAGCAAAGCAUUGACCAAAAGAAUAGGGUGAUCUGGAGCAGUCACUCAUGAGCCUAAGGUCACCAUGUCCAAUGCCAAGCAAUGGUUACAGGGGUAUAAAGCUCCCAUCAUUGGGCUGUAAAGCAGUGGAAAUGCAUGCUCUGGAGUGAUGGAGCUACAUCCAGUGAAUUUAGGACGAGCAGGAGUGGUCCAGAACUGAUCACCCAACAUAAAUACCUGACCACACUAAUGCUUUUGUGUCUGAAUGCCAUUAAAUUCCCACAGUUCUGUUAGAGGCUGUUACUGCUGCAAAGGGAGACAACCUGUCACCUACAAUGCACUCGUGCUAAGCUAUGGAAAAAACCCUGAAAAUGCAGUGACAGUGAACUAUGAACAGAAGUGUGGUCAGCACUGGUCAGUUCACUCUGCACAACUUUAUAUACAAGGUAUAAACUAAAUAACUUGCUAGGGGAAGGUGUGAAAUAACUCACAACGAGAGAAUAAAACAGGUAAAACUGCAGUUUAUUAACUUGUACAUAUGUAAACAAACUGUUCGAAGAGAAUUUGAUGAAUAAUCAAGUACUUAUGAAAAUGAAAAGACAUUGCUGGGAAAUAUGUAGAAGAAAGCAACACCAAUUAUCACAGAAGACACUCAGCUUUCAACUCCUAGACCCUUUUAACCCUGUUAGAAGAGAGUGCUGCAAGUGAUUUCAAAAUGUAUCAUUCAUGGUUUUUGUGCAGAUUGUAUGUGUAUUUACCAAAUGUAUUUGAUUAUAUUUUCAAAUUUGUUAGCAAAGUUCUAUAAAAAUGUUAACCAAACAAGGUUUGGAUGGCUAAAAUGGCAACCAGACCACACUUAAUAUAGAAAUGACAAACAUGCAGUUAUUCUAAGAUCAGUGAUACAAUAAACACAGAAAGACGCCUGACUAUAAUGCAUUGAGAUAUGCAGUAUGUAGUAUUUGCCUAUGUUUUCCUGGACAAUUCACACAAAACUGCUCACUACUGAGCACAUGGUGGAUUAUAUGCCUUGUUGUAAAAUCAGAAACCAAAGUAAUCCACAUUUUUAAGCAAUUCAAGGUUGAUUUCCCAGCUUAGACCUGCAUAUUGUUACUGUUGGGAAAAAUCCUUUUUUUGGAUUUUUUAAAUAUCAUUUGUAAGCACCAGCUGUACUUUCCAUUGUGUGAGAAUGUCAUAAUGGGCUGACAGAAAUGCUCAAAAAUUAUUCUGAAGAAAGUCGUUUUACAUUAACUUCCAUUAUAAGUCAAAGGGCCUCAUUCACCAACCAUUAUUACAAGCUUUUUUUUCCUCAAAACCCACUUACGCAGUUUUCACGAAGAUUCUGACAUUCAUCAACGGUUUCUUAUUUGGGAUUUGUUCUAAGGUAAGAACAAAAUCUAUGCACACUCAAGAGCUCACUUACACACAUUUGAUUUUUUUGUGCGAAAUAAUUGGUUAAUGCAUUUGCUUCAAAUCUACAGUUAGCAUAACAAUUAUAUUAUUGUAUGAAAUACAAUAAUCUUUUCACCAUUUAUAACAUUUGUAUUCUUUUAAAAUUAUUUUACAAUGCAUCAUGGUCAACUGACAUCACUUACGUUAAUUGGGAACCAUGCCAUCCAGUUAUGAGUGAUUGAUCAUGCUACUUAUAGGCCCAAAGUAGGCCCAUUUCUGCAGCCUUGGCCUACUUGCAAAAUGGCUUAUUUACUGCUGCUUCAAGUUGCUCUGAGAAGGUAAUGCAUAUAUAUCAGGACCACAUAAAUCUAUCUUUUUGUUUUGGCAUUCUUCACUUCUCUCUCAACUUUGGUUUGCAGUUUCUGUACUUUACUUCCACAGUUAAAGAACAUGUCAUGAAUCUGACGUAGACUUUCACUCAAGAACACAUUUAAGAAAAACUUAGGAAGGUACUGGAGAAUGAGGCCUAAUGUGUUUUUGCUUUUCCUGAAAAUGUAUGAUUAUGGAGAUACAAGGGUUUGUUCAGACAGCGACAAAAUGCAAAGUCGGUAAGUCCAUUUGGGAAGAAACCUAACAGCCACUUGCAAAUGCUUCUCAAAGAUCAUCUAUCCACAAUUUUGUCUACUGCAUUAUAUCCUUAAUAAAGUAUAUGAUUUUCCUA